AGGUUUUCCUACUGUUCGAGAUGGUUCAAGUUGUCUGAGUUGGUGUUCACAGCGUAUAGUGAGUCAUGUAAGCCAAUAUUAUUAUAAUUUGAAUCUGAUACAUGUUUAUUGAAUCUUUCCUUAUUCAGAUCUUCCCAGUCUAGCAGCUUCUUAGUUCAGUUCAGCUUAGCUGUUCCAAUGAAGCAUGACCUUAGCCAUUUCCUAAAUUGCUAAGAAACAGAAUUAUAGUGUCUGUUAAAAUGUUAAUAGAAUUUUCUUUCUUUUCUUGUGCAAAGUCUAUGUUCUAUGAUAUAGAUUCGAUUAUUGUAUUAUUGUCUAAAUAAUAGAAUAAUAUUACAAGAAUAUGAUUGUAAGGUGCCUUUGAGGACCUAAACAGACACACUUAGCUGAAUAUGGUGAUUCGGUUUGAUAUGCGCCUGCUAAAAAAAUAUAAACAUAAAGUACAAGUGCAAACGACAAUGGUAUUUUGUCGCUCUUUAUGGGACUGUAUCGUUAAACAAACAUUUCAUGCAUAUCUAAAGGAAUUAGUUAUAAUUUGAUUCCCUAGGUUGAACCCAAAACAAGUACGAAAAAUGAAACAGGUGGCGCACAGCCCUGUGGCUCAUUUGACAGGGAUACCCGCGGGUUCCUUUAUGUGUUUUUAAAACGUCUUGUUGAGAUAUAUCGAUAUUGACCAAGCAUAUAGGAGCCUAUCAGCGUGACGUCAAAUUGGUUGGAUAUUGGCCAAGUUUGUUUUAAAGAUUUAGUAUUUGGCCAAAGAAAAAUUUUUACUUGCGGAAAGAUGAAAAUUAUCUAUGGACAACUCUCAAGAUGUCAUUUGAAGAUCUCCACUGUUAUUUUGGUGAGAUAGCUCCUUUUUUUAUAGCACUUUUAAAAAUUCUUUUUACCUGUCUUUUAUUACAAUGAAAUAAUGUAGGAAAUGAAAACUCACAGUUUCCAGUUUAUCCAGUUGCGUUGUUUAUCGAAAACUGUAAGAGCUAGUUGUGUCAUUGUCUACGAAAAUGAGUAUGAGAGAGUCUUGUACAAACACUAACGAAACUACCUUGUAGGAUAGUAAGAACCUCUAGUGUUCCAAAAUGCUGGUUGUAUUUCCGACAAUAAGAUAAAUUGCGGGUAUCUUAACUGUUUUCUAUGGCAUUUUUUGUUGUGUCUGAGUUCUUUGCCAAAGGCGAAGUUGCAUCUGGUCCGAGGAGGGUGGGGGAGCACUACCAUUUUUGGCCUUAACGGGUAGGUGCUGCUGAUUUGGAGAGGGUAUUUGGUUUUCAGGGUGUUAAGUCUGAAACAGGGUACACAAUUUCACUAUAUAGCGUCUUAAAAAUGGUAUAUUGUGGACCGGAAUGCCUUUCAAAGAAUAUAAACCUUCAAUCGGCGGCAAAAUGAUUUGAGACACUUCGCCCUCAAAGGGGCUUUUUCACGUUUUACUACUUCCAAAGGCGAAAAUAUAGCUCUUCCUCCCCCAUGCCCUCCAUGCAAUGUUGCGCCGCUGUUCGAGCUACCUUUAGAAAACAACAAACACGCCAACUUUGAAUGGAGGGGACAGGGGAGGGGUGCGGAUUCUUAUGUUCUCUGAAGUUACCCUAUUUGUUACCCGAUUUUUGGAAAUGGGCGGACUACAUUUGUGGCAGCAACAAUAUUUGUGCAAGAAAAUUUACUUCCACGUUCGUCGGUAACUGAAAAUUACUUAUUCUGUAUGAGAAAAGAAAUGAAUCAGUGUCAUAAAAAUGAGGCACUUGUUUUAAACGGGGUAGAGAAAAUGAACGCUGUUCGUCUUUAAAAGGCCCUCCCCCACCCACUUCCCCUGCUAUGUUGGACAUCUGGUGCAUCUUUGUAACUGUAUCGUGCAUUUUUGAGCGCUUGAGGCGAGAUGAAUUAUUUUUCCGAUCUUUAUCUAUAAGAAUUGUUGUAAUCUUGCGAUCUGUAGACAGGCCGUGUCUUUUGUCGUAAAUGUUGGGUCUUAUUCGUCCUUCCAUCGAGCUGAUCCGUUAUAAUCCCUGUGGUGGAUCUCCGGGUUCGAGCUCUAGCGAUAUUUCGGGUUCUCAAGAUUGUCAAUUUACUGUGAACAGGAGACGAGCCCGCUAAAUUAAGCAUUGUGGACAGGCUUAAGUAAGUGGUGCUGUUUUGAUUACACUAUUUCUGCUUUUUGCAGGACCCAAUUCUAUUUGUCUAAAUUCGAUGGAAUAUGUUCCGUUUGGGAAGCUUCGAGGUCCUAUUUCUACAAAACCCUUUUCCUUAACUCUUAGUUAGAGACAAGGCGACUGUCGAAGUCGCUUAUACUUUAAUAUUAUUGCCCAGAAACUUGCACGAAUUUCCAUUGUUAUAGUGUUUGUUGAUGUAUUUUUAUAUGAUGUGAGAAUCAUUUUGCCUUAGAUGGAUUUACCCCUCCUUAUAUUGGGCGAAUUCAGUUGCCUGUACAGAAUUCUACACGGCUCAAAGAAACCGAGCCCGCAAAUACAAAUCUUGCGCCUGCCUUUGAUUAAGUUUGAUAACGCUAUGAGAGUGAUUUAUGUUGGCUUUGACUAAACAAGAUGACCUACAUCGUCAGCUAAUUAGCUUUUACCUUGUGAACUGCUGAUAAGAUAUGUUUGUUCUGACCCUUCAUCCGUGACAGUUUGAUUUCCGCAUGCGCCGUCCGCCAUUUUGCUAGGAGAAUGAGGUUUAAAAAACUCAUUUUCUUGCCCACGGUUUAUCCACUGUUUAGGAGAGAAAAUACGCAAACGCUACAAGAUGUGAAACAUAAGGAUAAAAAACUUACCAGGAGUGGGGCCGGGGUUUGAACCAACGCGGAUAACACGCCUUAACCACCGAGUCACCAGUCUACUCUAUUCCCGGGGGGGGGGGGGGUAGUUUCGGAAUUUUUUGGUGGGGAUGUGCCGCUGGGACCACGGAACCCUUAACCUAUACCAGAGCUACUUCAGCUAAAUUUUGCUACCCUAUACUAGAGUAAACUCUCCAAAUCGCUCCUAUCCUAGAGUAGCUGUUUCCCUGGUCUAGAUAAAAUCUUCAACCAACUGAUCAGUUUCCUGAAAAAUGAUAUCCUAUUCUAGACCCAAACGCUCUGAUUUAUAUACCCUAUCCUAGAGAAAACUGCUUGAAAACCAUACCCUUCACAGCGGCACAUACCUAUAUAGCCCAUACAUGGCAGUACCCCCCGACUCUAUUUCAUUUUAUGGUACAAUCAUUUUAUGGUACAAUCAAAGUACUACAAUUUACAAGUUUUAACAUAUAAGAUUAGACUGGGACUUUUCAAGUCGAUUCAGCUGUGGUUUAAAAUAGUGAGUUAUUGUAGACGAAUUAUUAAGUGCGUUCAAGUAAGUCUCUUUUGGAUGGAGCCAACUGUUUGAUUUUAGAAACUCUGACACGAGAACACAAUUAAAUAGUGGUAAUGACACGAGUUGAAUACUCCACCAGGAUGGCCGAGUGGUUAAGGCGUUGGACUUAAGAUCCAAUGGACGUAUUGUCCGCGUGGGUUCAAACCCCACUCCUGGUAAUAUUUUUAUCCCUACAUUUUAAAUCUUGCUGCCUUAGUACACUUUCUGGUAAUUUUAUCCUGUUUUUUUUUUUCAAAAUUAUAAACACUAUUCCUCUCACCAGUAGGAGACAUCACUGUUUACAAACAUUUUUUUAUUACUCAAAUUAAUUUGUAACUAGUGAAACAAAAGAUACUGAUUGUGUUUCAAGAACCAAUGCGCUUCUGGUUGGCAGAUAGACAUUACAUGUAACCGGUGACGUCAGCGUAAGUAUUUGACACGCUAAAAACGUUUUUUUCUCAUAUGACGUAAUUCAAAAUGGUUCUGUGAAGAUAAUUGAACGAUCAGCAAGAUUAUGAACUGUAUGAUGUAAAAAAGGAAAAAACUCAAAACUGUUCUGCAGAAAUCUUCAAUCUAUCCUGCGUGCAGCUAUCUCGCAACUCAUGUUGUAAGACAAAGUUGUACAACUAACGUUAUCUAUGUAAACACAGCAGUCGAGCCCUAGCUGAAAAGAGAUUCAUUUUCAUCAGUUUCAGCUCUUUAAAUUCGAACCCACUACUUCGCUUAAUUAAACAGAUGAGAGGUUUUGUAAGGAAAUCAAGCGAUUAUCUUAAAAAAUUUAUCAGGAUUCAUAACACUGCUAACAGCCGAUCUUCGAUUAUUUAGAGAGAAAGGAAAUAUGAUCUUAGUACAUGUGCACAGACACGGUUAGAUUGAUUUCUUCUGAAAACAUUCCUAAAUCGAUUAUCUCUAGUCCUCUGUAAAGUUCUAAAACUAUCAAAAGAGAAGGACAAUUGAUGGCCGACAGACAGUAGAAUUAGUAUCAAUACAGUUCUCUUAAAAUUGGUCUUCACACAAUUGCACUGACAAGUAAAAUACCUAUACCUGAACCCUUGCACAGAGAAUUGAUUUAUAAACCCGAACAGCUAUAAAUGUUACUGGACUAAAGCUGAUUUGACGCUUCAGUUAUGAUUAAUUUACCCCCAUGAGGCUGACAUAUGGACGAUUUAAUAAGAUCAAAGUCUUAAAUUAAUUUCAUAGCAUGCCUGAAGAUCACUAGAUUAACUAUAACUGAAGCACACACGUCCCGGCAUUGGAUCACUCUAUAAAGCGAAUAGACCGUAAGUAAAGAUGAACAAUGCAAAAUAGUGUUGGGUAGAGGUAUGUUACAAUAGUUAUCAUAAUUUGUGACACAGCCAUUUUUUAGACAUUUUUUUGUAUAGUAUCCCAGCCAAAAAUCAUCUAGAACGGCUGACUUGAAUUUAUCGCUCAGGCAGCAAAAUUAAGAUUAAACGAUUCAAUAUUUCCCUCCAUAAAGAUAAAAAAUACAUUAUUUAAGCAAAAAAAAACCCCGAUUUAUCUCUAUUAAUGUUAAUAUUUUGUAAAUUAAAUCGCUUAAAGUAAUACAAGUAAUUUAACUUCAAAAGGUUUUAGUAAUAUAUGUAGAAUUAACUUUGAAAAUAGGAUCUUACUGUUGAAAUGGAGAAUCAGUUGCUGUUUGCCGUGGAUUCUGAGUUUCAUGUAAAUUCAUGGUUUAUAACCAAGCUGGCCGGCUAUAAUUUCAAUUAUUACAUCAAUUUUUAUUUUCUAGGAGCAUCUUUUAUUGACAUCGUCUAUUGUCCAACACAUAACGCUCGAUACACAUUAGGCAAAGCGUUGCGACAGUUCAGGUCAUUUUAAACCUAUGAGGGCGAAAUCUCAUGAAAUCGGCUAAAGCAACGACAGAUCAUGUGCAUGGCAUCAAUUCCGUGAUAUCAGUUUGGGGACAAAAAUGCCGGAUCCAUAUUUAGGUUACUAGUUCUCAGCGAUCGGUCACGUGAUACAAACUCAAGGGUGAAGCUUCAUGCCUCAGAAUCAGUCGAGGAUAUACACGAUGAAUUUUCCCCUAAAUCUGAAACCUGAGAUAAAUAUGCUACUAAACUGUAUGGUGGAAAUAAGAGAUAGAAAGAUAGUCAUAUAUUUUUUUUGACUACCAUUAAUUUUUUUAACCAAUUCAACCCUUGUAUUCGCGGAGCACAUGAUGGGGUCUUGUAAAGCUGAUAAAGUUCUAACUGUUGGCGAAAUCCUAUGAUGUGACUAUUCAAAUAAAACCUUUCUGGCAUUACUUUCACGUGGUGCUAUUUAAUAUGCAAACAAAACUUGUGAGAAUUUGUAGAAUUUUGAUGUUGGCUACUUUUGGGAGUUUUAAAAAGGUUUAACGGUGACUUAUCACGAGAGUAGUUUGAAAUGCGAUCCAAGUUCAAAUUCUAAGCAGGUUGUCGACAAUAAACCAGCUGUUCGAACUGUAUGAGCUCUUGAAUUACAUGUGUAAUGCAACCUAUAAUUGGCCUUGGAUUACAAGAGGGACUUGAAAUACAUCAAUUAAACUUAAGAAUAAUUAUUUAUCUGCCAGGUUGUGCCUAACUUCAAACGAAACAUUGAAAAAACGAUGUAUUAUCCUGUCACAAAUAUCUUUUUCUUAGAACCUUCCAGUAUAGUUUUAGGGAAGGCAUGUGACUCAUCUUACAAAUCUAUAAGCUAUAACUCUUGUCGAAGCAAGACGAAUACUAAGUAUAUUUUCGAGGAAUAUGAAAUAAUUAAAUGAAAGUCCCUUGUCCUAAUGUAUCCCUACAACAAAAAAAAAAAUCAAAGACUGUUUCUAAGAGAGAAUACAUCUCCAUGUCAGUUAUUCUUUGACUCAUCGCUUUUUCAAGGGCAUAGAUGAUAUUUAUAAAAGCAUUUAAGUGCAGUACGCUUUCAGUUAAUUCAAAAUGCUAUGAUUUUUCAGAUUUUUAGACAAGAAAGACCCUUUGGACAUUUUGCAAAUAGUCAAGGAGUUCAGUAGAAUACACUGCUUGGCUAUUUGUAAUCUUAUUUUCUUUCUGUUAAGUAAAAAUUCGCUUUCUCGUAAUACUACCCUUAUGGUUUAUUUUCUUUUUUUACCCUCUGUCUUUAGCCGCAAUCGACUAUAAAGUGGACCGUAUAACUAAUUUUUUUUCCUAGUGCUAUAGUUUACUAACCGAAACGGCUCUAUUUUUAAGCUAGCUAGUUCCAUUUUAAAAAUGUUCCCAGACAGACUGGAAAUUCAGUUGGUGGUAACCUUUUCCCUUUCCAAUUUAAAUAACCGAAAAUCCUCGUAUCUUUUGUCCAGCAACUCCAUCCGUCGCCUCUUAGUGUCCAUCUUUCUAUUUUUUAGUUAAAGGCCAAAACUGGCGGUGUGGUUGAUUAACGCGACCUUAAGCAGUGCCACGUUUUAUUUGCAAGGCAAAAAAAGGAUAUAAGUGAACUCUCUCGUAGAAAUUCUUCAUUGCCUCUUUGGGGCCGGGUGACCUUCAGUCCAACUUAACUUCUCUUGGUUUCCGCAGAUACAUGAGAUGCUGUGGAAAGCAUGCAAUGAUAAUGAUUGUUUGACUUAUUAAAAAAACCUAUGAUCCUAUUUAUGGCGAAAAAUGUUCAGUUUACUGCUGACUUUAUUUCAUGUCGGUAACCUUUCAAGACGCUAUUUCAGACUGAAGUAGCUUAGAGCGGAUAUGAAGAACAUAGGGCGUGAUACUACGGUAUACCAACUUCAAGUGCAGACGAGGCCUGGAAUGAUUCUAAAAAUUGUCCUUUUAUUUCUCCGAAGUGACGGCUUGGUCAUGAGUCACCAAGCUUUUUUACAUCCCUGUUUAACCUUAAACGUCCAACAAGGAAUUAGAUAUGCUCAUUGAUGACUUCUGUUAACUGCUUCGAUUUUUGAAACCUGCCAUGAAAUUAACUGGUUGCUGUGUAUUAUGUAAAUUUUCUUUUUAAAACAUUGAAAUUUAUUGAAGAAGAUCGACUUAAGACAUAUUAGAAAUCUAAAUAAAUCUCGGAUUCCCACUAGGGAUAUUUAAGUUGGGACGGAAUAUUUACAUGCUGAGGUUAACAGGCAACGUUUACAACAAAACUGAAAAAAGAAGGAAAGCAGCAUUGUACCCAACCCAGUCCCUAGAAAGUUCCUGAAGCGAAAUUCCCAUUUUUUUAUUCUUUUAAUCUAGAAAAUAUUUUCUGGCCAAUGAGAAACAAGGAAAGUAGGUCCCAGGGCUUCGGGGAUCCUAUUUAAUUAGCUAAAAUUUGAAUAUAAAGUGAAGGGUUUUAAAUGUUUCCUUUGUGUUUGUAAGGCUCAGUACUAAGUAACCGUGAUAGGUGUUGUAUGGUAUGUGGGUAGUAUGAAUGUCCUCUUGGUCCUAAUGACUCGUGUACUACUGCAUCAAAUUUACGUUGCGUUCGUUAUUUACAGAACCGGAGUGAAAAAACACGAACUGAUUAGGAUUUCAAAGGACCUACGAUAAUCACCACAGCGCGCAUGAGUAAGUAACAUCUACGUAAAGUUGUAAUAACUCGCUUUUAAUAUCCAUCCAGCUCUUUUUUUCUUCUUUUAUCAGAAAAGAGGGCAUUGUAUUGGACAAUGAUAUUGUCGUUAUAGUUAACUUUUCUUGUUAUAUUGCUAAUGAUUUGUUUGCACUCGAGGGAUCGUUUUUUUCUGUUUCCUUUUAGAUUUUUUAAUCACUGAUCUAGAACUGAAAACCACCUGGUUAUUCGUAACGGUUUAUUGCAGUUAUUUGGCAAUCUGUGUAUUGUUCUGAAACUAAUACGAAUAUCAAUGAAGGCGCCACUGCGCGAUGAGCACUGAGACAAUAGUGCGCAAACGUUAUUUUCCUUUCUGAGUGGAAGAAAAUUCGAAGAGGAGAGUUUAGCCUUUAAUACAGUUAAGGUUUGGUGAACAUUGGAUGGGAAUGAAGAGGCUGUUUAUUUCCUAUGGUAGGGCAAAUUAUAAUCCAAACAGAAUACAAUUGAAAUAGAAUUUCUUAGAGAAUUUGAAACUUUCAAGAAACUGGAAGCCUUUAUAACUAUACUUACUAUUGUCCUAUUCGUUAGUAAGGUAUUUAAUGCAUGCUUUUUUGUAUUUUUUAUAAAAGUAUUUUUUUAUUGUUAAUUCCUUUAUCAUUUACUUGUAGACGACUUUCGUGGAGUAUAUUUAGCCUCAGUAAGAGAACCAACUCCGACAACGUACUAGUUUUGAAACACAAUAAACCUCCUAUGUUCUGUAUUUUUGAUAUAUUUUACAAUCGCCAGGGGAAGCUUGGCGUUUAUCCUCAAAAACGUGGUGAAGAUUUGUAUUUUUAGAAAUUUCACUACUAAUGAGGGAUUGAUAAAUACUAAGAUGGCAAAUUUUAAGCUCGGUGAUAAUAAAUAAUUGGUUACAAAUAUCAUUCUUGUCACAUGUUAGAGGCUAAGAAAUAUAUGGUGUGUUGCCGUCAGGAAACGAACCCAUGAAAAACAAAACCUACAGGCGUCUGAUGCAUUGGGCGGCCAGAUCAGACUUUAGAUCGAUCAUUUUUUCAAGUGCUUCUUCCAUUGUGGUGAUUUUUUUUAGUGAAUAGGGAAUCAGAUUUUGAGCAACCUAGGCAUGGUUUAUAAACUAUCAUGGCGAUAAGUCUUGACCCAUCGACCCCCUGCCCUCAACAUGUACACCAAUGUGAAAUUUUACAAAUGAUGACCUGCAUGUGUGCAAAUAUCGCAGUACCUUAUUAUAGGAAAUUAACGCUCCAUGAAAUUAAGGUAUUGGAAAUUAACGCGAAUUUAAUGGAAAACGACUUUCGAAUAAAGCAAAUUAACGCGAAAGAGGAGGUAGAAUUUCAUAAUAAAGGAAAUUAACACGAUUAAGACAGUUGGUGGUGACAACUAGAACAAAUUUAUUUCAACACUGGAUGCAAAAAAAUUCAAAACUGAGCUGAUAUCACUUCUGACAGCGACAACGAUGAAGGUGAACUCGAAAUAUUGUAAACCUUCGCCUUAGCUUUUGUGAAAGAUGAAAAAUAAAGGGUAAAUGGAAAGAAAGAAAAUGUUUUUUAGGUGUCAAGAAUGUCUGGACAGGUUCCAAAAUUGGGGUUAAAAUACAGGAAACUAAGAGCGCGGAAAUUAACGCCGCACUUAAUUAACGUCGCGGAAAUUAACGCUCAACGAAAUUAACGCGACUUAAAUUAACGCGAAUUUUAACGAUUCGCGUUAAUUUCCUAUAAUAAUGUAUUUGGCGGGGAAUCGUAUGGUCAUGCACAGCUUGAAAUCGAAUGCCUCAAAGGGUCUUUUUUGUAAAUGAGACUAGAAACUAGAGUCAACAAGGACGGAAGGAAGUUUUAUAAGCUGGAAAAACCCCGAGACAUUCUCGAUAAUUCAAAUACGGGUAAAACGUAGCCGCUUGAUUCAUUAAAAUGUCUUAUACGGCUUUGUGAAAUGACACUUUUUAAUUUAAAGAAAUUGUUACUUUGAUAAAUUAUUCAAUGAGAUCGUCUGAAUAACAUUUGUUUUUACCUCAGGCCCGAAUGACCUUUCUUUUAGAAUAACAAGUCCACCAUUAAACCGUUUAAAUUUCUCAUUUGGGUGGUGAAAGCGACUGAUUUCUUAAUGGUAUGAUCAUUUAUUACGCACUUCAUUGUCGACUUUUUUUUUAAAUCUUAAGACUGAAUGAACGGUGCAGUAGCUGGAAUGAAGCACGUUCGAGCCUUUUUUCGGAAAGUUUCUGUUAAGUUCGCCCGACUGUGCGUCCACGCUAGCUCGUAUUCCCUAAUAAUAUACAUAUAUAGGGGCUCAACAAUCCUUUGUGGGCGGUAGUAUAACCGCAGCGACUAAGAACCCUGAAGUAUUCCCGCCCAAAUCUCUGUUAUAGAAAGCUAAUUUUUAUUUAGUAUAGUGCUACAGAAAAAAAAAGUUGAUUACCGUAGAUAUUCCGCUUAUAAGGUCACAAGGUCCGAACUGCUUGAGACUGGCUAUUUAAUCGGGUUACUUUUCUUUGUGAAGUGGAAGUAAUUAAUAGCGCUACACUUGAGUUGCUUUCCUCAUAAGUUAAGUAAACAUUAUCCGAUUUAUUGAUUUCAGUUGUCCACCGAUUUUCAUAGCAAAGUCACAAGCAUCAUCGGUUCAUUAAAGAAUUGGAGAAAAUAAUUCAGAACUAUCGUCAAAGCAUAAUUAACAAUUAAUGAAUGAGGCUGAGUAUCUUAUGAAGAAUUAUGGAGAUGGAUAGUGCACGUUUAGGGUUGUUCAACUCCGCAAAUAUUCUCCAAAUAUCAGAUGUCGCCCUUCGAGUUGUCUUCUUGCUGUUCUUGCCAUGUUUUUAGCUAUUAUUUCGCCUAGUUCUUACUCUUGAAACGAGUGAAAUGUCCGCCAUUUUUGUUUUCACAACCUCACCCUCGUCCCCAGGUCUUCUCGGUUAACGGUGCAUCCUGCAAGAAAGCUGCACUUUUGACGUCAUCGGUUCACAAAAUGCUUCCAAAUUUGGUCAUCAGUAGCUGGUUAUGGUGAAUUAUGCAUGUGCCUUUAGCCAAUCAGAAUAGGGAAAAUAUUUGAAUGAUUAAUAUAUGGAGACUAACUUUUGUCACUAGACCCUAACCGUGUAUAACUCCUUUGUUGUUGUCAAAGUGAAGGGAUUUAGGUUUUAACAAUCAAUGGUAGCCGCAGAGUCUUGAUAAGAACUUUUUAAAUAAUAUUUAAUAGCAGGACUGGUUUUGGAAAUCUAAGAUGAACCGAUUGUAUACGAAACAGCCACAAAAGUGAUAUCAACUAUAAACGCUCUGCUCACAAACAGGCAUAUUGCUCAAAUGACUUACAAGUGGCUCAGUUUUGGCCAAAAUCACCAAGAAUAUCAGCGUUUUACACGCUGACCAAAAUAUAUAAAACUUUUCCUGCCGGCAGACCAAUCGUCUCUUGUAGCGGUGGUCCCAAAGAACGCAUUUCUAGUUUUGUGGACUCGCUUUUACCAGGCCAGUCGCACAAAACAAGAGUCUUACAUCGAGGACACUGCACUCAAAAGUGAUAUCUUUGAAAACACGCCUCUUCCAGAUGAAGCAAUUUAAGCUACGUUAAACGUGUGUUCUCUCUGUACUAGCAUUUCCCAGGAAUAGGGAAUCGACAUCGUCUUUCACCAUUACGAAGAACAUUAUCAGUCAAAGUUACCUAUCCUUACUUCAUAUUUGGGAGACUUAAUGCGGGUUAUCUUAACAAAAAACUAAUUCAAAUCAAUCAAUCAAUCAAUUCAAAUUCACCGACAAACACUACGUACAGACUCACGGCAUUACAAUGGCCACCAAAAUGGUGCCCGGUUGCUUUCUCGGUCAUUUUCAUGGCUCACGUUGAGAAACAACUACUACAUGCGAGCCCUUACAGCCAUUUCUCCGGUUGGAAGAAAUUUAAUUUAUUGAUGUUAUAUUCUGAGUGUGGACUCUUCCUGAGACCGAAAUCAACAACUUUAUUGAUUUCGCGAACUCUUUCCACACAACAAUAAAAUUUACACUGACAAACUGUCAUCACAACAGCACUUUAAAAGAUUCUUGUUAGAGCCAAAAUUCCUUCACUUUAACAACAACAUUAAAGGAGUUAUACAUGGUUAGGGUCGAGUGACAAUAUUCUCAGUUUAAAAACAUAGCACGUAGUUCGCAUUUUAUACCUGGUCCGUAUUUUAUACAUACCCAGUCCGCAGUCUGCAGUCCGCAAUCCGUAGUCCGUGGUCCGUAGUCCGCAGUCCGUGGUCCGCAGUCCGCAGUCCGCAGUCCGCAGUCCGGCCGCAGUCCACAGUUCGCAGCCGAUCUGAAACGCUCUACCUGGCUGCGUUGCGUACGUAUAAUGCUGCAAGGUUACAACAAAGGCAUACUUAUCAGUGAAAAAACAUUCAUAUUAUUUCUUUGAAAACGUCUCCGCCAUGAUACAGGCAAGCUUUGGAUUGCUAUUGGCGUAGCAUUUCCCCCAGAGACGGCUCGACAAGACUCCUUCACCAGAAGACGACCGCCAUCUUGUUUGCAGUCCCGCCACUUCCGCUUUUACCCUCCCCUCCCGUCACAGUUAUAUUUGGUCUUUUUUCAAUUUUUGUUUUUAUCGAAUACAAAAAUCAAAAAACGAUUUUCAUUUCGGAUUUCAUCAUCAUGGAUACUGUUUCCGCAGUUUCGUUACACAUGAAUAGCUUUGUCAAGUUUGAAUUUUUAAUAAGCUGGAAUCUAUGGAAUAGGAAAUUGAAAAUACAAUUUUAACUUCGGUACAGAGCAAAAGUCUCAAAAUUGAAGAUUAUCGUUUAGUUUUCCUUUUCCCUAAAUACAAGAAAUAAAAACCACCAACUGAUCAUUUUCAAUUUUCAAUUUUUGAUUUCUUAAAACAUUGAAAAUUGAGAUUGUAAAUUUUUGAUUUUCAAUUUUUGAGGAAUCAAACAUUGAAACGCACGAUUGUGAAUUUUUGAAUUUCAAUUUUCAAUUUGGAAUAAAAAUAAAAUGGACGAAAACCACACGAACCCUUAUACCUUCCGUCCAUUUAGUUUUCAGUAAAAUCAAACAUGAAAAUCGGCAGUUUUAAUUUAUAAUUCGAAAAACAGGAAAAUUGAAUUUCAAUCAGUUCAUUUUUCAAAUUCAAAAAUCGAAAAAUUAAAAAUUCCCAGUCUUGAUUGGUUUCUUUUUGUCACCCCAAAGUGCACCGUUGUCAAAGAUUUCCGUUGAUCGUAGGGGUCGCUUCAAAGCACAUAACAAGCGUAGUCAAAUGUGGCCAUAAACUGUCAGUCUCGCCUCAAAACGCAUUCAAAGAUGUCCAUCGAAAAAGAGCAGCCUCGUCGAAGCGCGUUCAAAGAUGUCCGUUGCCUAGGCUAGGUAUGGUAUAUAACAUGAAGCGUCUAAACCUAACAACAAACUUAAACAUUUUUCUUUAAUUAUCUUUUUAGGAGCAUCGAAAACCCCUUCAAGUCAGUGGGAGGAGCAUUAGGUUGAGUAAACAUUGGGUUGUAUCCGAUGAUCUUUUGGCCGUUUACUGCCGGAUACUGAAGAUGCAGAAUAACACUUACUUCAUAACGAACAGGUCAUCAUCAGAUCGGUCAAAUGGAACGUUAUCCGGUGAGGAAUUACCACAAGGAAGGAAAGUAAAUUACCAGCUCAUCAGUGAGGUGCUGCCUAUAGCUAUUGUUAUUGUUUUGACAAACAGCCUUGUUUUUUACUUGUUUGCCAAACGUAAAAGUCUUCGUACUCCAACCAACUGUCUUCUUCUGAGCUUGAGUUUGUGCGACUUCAUAACCGGGUUUAUGGCCAUCCCCUUAUUCAUAAUUAUGGUGAUAGGCGUGCUAGACAUUAACCAAGCAGCUUUAGUCCAGUUUGGUUUUUUUCUUGUCACUUUCAACAAUACAUUGGCUAUUUCCGCUGCUUACCAUAUUCUGCUCAUCACGCUUGAGCGAUAUUUCGCAAUCAUGAAACCGUUCGUCCAUCGUCAGCUGACCAAGAAAUCCAUGAUGAAAAUUGUGCUGGUCGUUUGGUUAACUUCAGUGGUCAUUGGUUAUGUGCCAUAUGCUUGGUUCUGGAAGAAGUUUACAGAUCCAAUCAGUUACCAGAAGAUUCAGUUUGGUUAUAUAACAUUUUGUUUGACUUUUGUAUUCUUGGUUCCCUGCAUCUUAAUCGUAGUGUCUCAAGUGCGCAUGUUCAAGAUCAUAGCAGAACGUGGUAGGUGCGCCUUGACUAGGAGAGGAACCUCUCAACAAAGAGCUAGACAAGAUAAAAAAUGUCUGAUUAUUUUUGCCUUGAUGGCGUUUAUAUAUUUAGCCUGUUGGCUGCCGUGGUUUGUUCUAUCACUUUGCUUUUCCCUUUGGUUUCCAACAAGCCAAGAAACCGACGCCAUUUUGGAUGAUUUAUCCAAAGUAUUCGGCAUUUUUCGUUUUGUAACUUCAGUUGUAAAUCCAGUCCUGUACACGUUUUUCAAAAGAGAUUUCCUUGAUGCUUUCAAAACGCUUGUUCUUAACAAAAAGCCAGCUGUUCAGAACUCUACAGUAACAACUCAAAAGCGAACUCUAAUUCGCAAACCAGAUGCUUCUUCAGAAAAUUGUGAGUCAGUGUUGUGAGGUUUUGUAAAUAUUAACAGCAGUUAAUCAGUCGUCUAUCGAUGCCUUAAUUGAUAUAUUAAGUAACAGAAUGGUACCUUUAAUAUCAUAUUCCCUUAACGGAGUGAUUGUAAAUCAGCCUGGUAUUCUUCUUUAACUUAAAUAAUAAGAUCUAAGAACUCAGACACCAAAGGGACGGCAUUGUUAAGUUGCCUGAUGUGAAAAUUAAGUAAGAAAACUAUCGUCGUUUUUUAAUCCAGGACUUAACGAAAGAAAAAAUGUAAAAUAAAUUUGUAAAUUAUAAGGACGUUUGCGUGUUAUGGGGAUUUCUGCAGGCUCGGCUACUAAGUCUUGUAAGAAUCAAGAAUGAUUUGUUGAAUAAAAUAUUAUGUCAUUUUAAAAGAUACCUCCUUACUCGCGGUAGUUUGUUUUCCAGAAAAGAGAAGCAAUGUACAACAUCUCUUUUUUUCCAGUUAGAUUAAUUAUAAUUCAAGAGACAGUUAGAAUCUCUUAUUGAAGGAGGCCAACUAUCGCUUUGUGAUCGGUUGUUUGUUAAGCUUCCAUUAUUCAAACUUAAAUCACGAGGAUAAACAAGGUACCGCUAUGAACACUCACUUGAUUCAAAAUAACGUGUCAAAUUGCGGAAAAAAGACAUUGUUUAGAGGGCACACUCCCCCCCUCCCUCGCUUUAGCUAGAUGCUUGCGUUGCGUCAAGUUUCGCAUUUUAAUUAAAUCUAUCUCAUAAUCAUUAAAACCCUCAAAGGGUUUUGAAUAUUAAAUUUGCAUCCUAUACAGCAUAUUUUGCUUUUGAUUAUCCUUUCUCUUAUACAUUGUGCUCACUAUCUGUAUUUUAAUUGGCCAAGAGGCUACAAAUAAUUUUGGAAAUCAGUGCAACCUAUAGAUUAUCUGCUAGCAGAUAACUGCUAUCGGUUAUCCGGUAGGAGACUAACUUAUUCUAUAGGUUCUGCACGCAAUACUUUCCACGGCAAUGUGUUUUCUUUUUGAAAAAUAAUGAAACUGGGUUCGGCCUCGGCUGAUAAUAAUUUCUCCGACCUAGAUUAUCCCGGAGAAACCUCAUCCAAUUUUUUAUUUGCACCAGAAAAAAUAAUGGUUCUGCAGAGUGCCGUUAGCCGUUCGAACGUGGUCCCUGGUACGAUAAAACAAACAUUCAUGAGGACAACAGCUGGUAAUUCUAAGAAAGAGGCCUUUCUUUUGUCUUAAUGAGUCAAUGGCGUCCUCGUGAUAAACUUGUUUGUAUUCUUUACAAACGCCAUGAAUGCCACUAAAAGUGUUACUGAGAGGGAAAACUUGUUUUUCAUUAAUAUAAAUCGAACUGAAUAUGACUUAAUAACGACUGGCUUUCCUGUUACAUUUCCAGCGUCAUAAGACAACAGUCCAUCCUUUGAGCUUUCGCCUUUCUUUUUGAGACAUUUAUUUAAGUCGCUGACUUUUUUCUUAGAGCUGAACAACAUCAUCGCAAAGAAAGAUUUGGAAACUGCUGUAUAACAAACGGCAACGGAUUUGAUUUUCAUCAUAUACUCGGCUUUUUGAUGAAGACUCGCUAACCCCAAAGGCAGCAGCUGUCAAUUAGUCACUUAAUUGGAGUAACUUUAAACGAGAAGCUCAUCAUCGUAGACGGUACCUGAAGGGCAGUCCUCCUAGAGAAUGCAACCAGAUUACCAAGUCAUCUGUGAGGUGCUGCCAAUAGCUAUUGUCAUUGUUCUGGUGAACAGCCUUGUUUUUUACUUAUUUGCCAAAUGUAAAAGUCUUCAUACUCCAACCAACUGCCUUCUCCUAAGUUUGAGCUUGUGCGACUUCAUGACCGGCUUCGUAGCCAUCCCUUUGUUCCUAACUUUGGUGAUGCGGGUAAUGAAGCCUCCAGCUUCUGUCAACUUCGGCUUUUUCGUCCUUAUUUUCAACAAUGUACUGGUUAUUUCAGCUUCAUAUCAUAUCCUCGCCAUCACGCUUGAACGGUAUUUCUUAAUCGUGAAACCUUUUACUCAUCGCCGGUUGACCAAGAAAUCCAUGUUCAAAGUUGCGCUGGCGGUUUGGUUUGUUUCAGCAGUCAUUGCUUCCAUGCCGUACACUUGGUUUUCGAAGAAGCUAACAGAUCGUUACAAGAAGAUUCAAUUUGGUUACAUCACAUUUUGUUUGACUUUUGUAUUCUUGGUUCCCUGCAUCUUAAUCAUGGUAUCCCAAUUUACCAUGUUCAGGGUCAUAGCUAAACGCGGCAGUUGCGCUUUGCCUGUAAGAGGAGGAACCAACCAGAGAAAUGUUAGACAGGAAAAAAAGUGCCUCAUAGUUUUUGCCUUGAUGGCAUUUAUGUAUGCAGCCUGUUGGCUGCCCUGGUUUGUUUUAUCUCUUUGGUUUUCGUUUUGGUUUCCUCUCAGUGAUGAAACCUUCGCCGUUUUGGACUAUUUGUCCAAAGUAUUUGCCAUUUUUAGGUUUGUAACAUCAGCCGCAAAUCCGGUGCUGUACACGUUUUUCAAAAGAGAUUUUCUUGAUGCCUUUAAAAAGCUUGUUCUUAAGAAAGAGCUCCCGACUGUUUUUAACUAUACUUUUAAACAUAUAAAUCAAACAAAAACCUUAAUUUGUAAGCUAGACGCUUAUUUAGACCGUACAGAGGAGCUUGAGUAUGAAACUGUGUUAUGACAACAAAGUCAUGUCUAGUGGAGUACCAUUACUUAGUAAAUAUUCCCAGAAAACCAUCGGGUCAUCGUUUAUGGCUUGUGAUUUUCAAGUGACAACCUUUGUCCACGUGGAAGUCAUUUUCGUCGCGUGUUUUACAUCAACUCAACGAAAUCGUCACAAAUACAGAAUUUUUUUUUGCGUGUCUGAAUGCUACUAGCGAGCUCGAGCAGCCAUGACGACGAUGACGACAACGAAGGAAACGAGAGAAUAAUAAUAAUAAUAAAAACAUUAAGUUUAAUACUCUAAAAGUGCCCACAUUUUUUGGCGGAUUUCUUUUUAAGCACAUUUGUAAAAAUAUAUCACCAGAAAACGUCAUUAUUUAGUAUAAUUACUCAGGUGAUUUGGAGAUUCGCGCGCUCUGAUUGGUCCAGGACUACGUCAUUUGCCCCAAUAAUCACUUGGAGCGAGGUUGUUAUUGCAACCUCUCAAAACUCUUUACGAGGUUAGGAACUACGCGGAAUAAAAUAAAAGAAAAAUUAUAGACGUUUCUUAUUUUGGGCUAAUGCAUUUCAAUUAUAAUCACCUCUUAGACUUGAUUUUAAAUGUCACGGUUGAUGCGAGUGAGCAAAAAUAUUCAAUGUUGCAAAGCUAGUGCUUCAAGUAUUAUCGAGGUACUCUUUUCAGUAACCCUCUCCAAUAAUUAAGGAGCUCUUCCCGGCCAUGGUUUUUUUUUUCUCUCGGUAACCACGAUUACAAAGCUUUCCGGAGUAAAACAAAAACAAGUUCAACUCCCACGUUGUCGGUUUUUUUCUGAGGAUUCCAAGCCGGGAGAUAAUCCAUUAUUAAUUGCCAUGAGUUUACUUUAAUGUCAGAUGACAUAGCAUUCUUUAUAUCUUUAUUUUGGAGCUCGCACCUGAAUUCAAAAAUUUCUGUCGUUUUGUUUCCUUAGACCAGAAACUAUUUCUUCUUUUCUUUACAAUUACUAUUUCUUUCUUCCCCCAAAUGUAUACCCCUACGGUGGACAAGUAUCCCGAUGGACUAGUAUCCCACCCAACAGCAGGGGAACAGAUUAAGCAAGGCAACCAAGGGCAUUGAUGAAUUCUACGCAUUUUCUACGCAUUUAUUUUGUUUUCGACCAAUAACUUGACAGAACCAACCUUUAAAAUUUUCCCUCGACAUAGGCUAGCAUAGCGUUUACAGGAUCAAGGUCUUUGCUGUGUCAUUUUGAGAGAAGAUAACGCUGUUGUUAACGAACUUUCUUUGGUGACCUUUGUAGUGUGUGAUCCGAUACAUGAUCAAGGCUUCCCAGAAUGUGUUUUAGCUUGCAUCCACGUUUGAGAAGAAGGCCUCAGUCAAGAAAUGAAUAACAAUAACAAUAAUAAUAACAAUUUACGUCUUCUAUGAGCUGUAAGUUCUAAUACCAAAGAGUGUGAUACCCACCCCAAAUCAUAACAACAAUAUCAAAAAUCUAUGGCCCAAGUCUGAUCAAAGUGGCCUAACAUAUUGGUAUAAAGGACGUAACCACUCAAGGGACUUCAAAUAUGCUUAGCAUGUUACGUCUUUUGCCAGUAUUAAAAAUAAUCCAAUUUACAAUAUAAGCUAAUGAGCGGCUUAAAGUGCGACAAACACUCGAGGAUGUUGAAAUCAAAUAACGAUUGAGUUCAAUAACAAUUGCAAUAGAGCUACGUCGAUCACGCUGUUUUAAGGCGACGUAGUUUUCGCUUGAUUUGAGGUGAGAGAAUCCUUGUCUAUUCAUCCUGGUCUGAUUAAGGGUAUGAAUUUUUAUGUUAGAAAACAAUAUAGGGAAACUGUUCAAGGAGAUGCCGCAAACCCCCCACCCCAACCCCCUUCCCGAGGUUUAAGCUACACUGUGAGAUGAUAAAUUUUUCAAUGCUUUUACUUAUUAACGAGAUUUUAAAAGAUAUAAUGACCUUUUCAAAUUACAAUUAUAUUUGUUGACACUGCAGUUGUUGACAUCGUCUAUGAGAGGAAGAAAAGUUUGCGUUUUUUAAGUGUUGUAACAACAGAAGCACGACUGGGACACGACCUGGCUGAUUUCAGAUCGAUUAGAAUUCGACUCCUCCAUAUGCAAGAUACUUAUACACCAAGCUACUGAACAUGGCAGACGACAAUUCGACCAGCGUUAUCUCUACCAACUCCACUUCAGAUCACCGUAUAAUUGCUGAAGUUCUACCGCUCGCCGUGCUCAUUACGUUAGUGAACAGUGUCGUGUUUUACUUAUUCAUUAAGGAAAAACGCCUCAGGAAACAACCAACAAAUCACUUGCUUCUAAGUCUUGCAGUUUGUGAUCUUAUGAACGGAGUACUCAACAUUCCCAUUUUUUUGAUACACACAUUUUCUUCACCGGGAAAGAUAUCUUUGGGAUUUUUCGUGGCUGUUUUACAUAACAUGGUUCUUGUUUUAGUCGUUUAUCACAUCUUAACGAUAACUUUAGACAGAUACUAUGCGAUUACUCGACCUUUUCGCCAUCGCCAAGUAACAAAAAAAUCAACUUUGAAGAUAAUUCUUGGUACAUGGAUGGUUGGUAUUUUGAUCGCUUUCUUACCUCUCACGUGGUGGUGGGAAUUCCUCUCCUCUGGCGGCGCCAUUUUAGACAGCACGACCUUAAAAAUUCAGGCUGGUUACACAGUUGUCUGCAUCAUUUCAGUGCUUCUUUUCCCUUAUAUCAGUAUUACAUAUUUACAAGUUGCUAUUUUUAGAAAGAUAAAUCAAGGGGUAUAUAACCUGGCUAUAGCUGAUGGAAAAGCCGACCACAGAAACUCGUUCAUUCAUGGCGGGAACGUACACAAUAUGAGAAGAUGUCUAAUAAUUUUUGCUGUGAUGGCGUUGGUCAAUCUCGUCUGUUGGUUUCCUUGGUACACACUCAGUAUUAUUUACAGUCUCUGGUUUUCUAUCAGUGAAGAAAUGAGAACGGCUCUUAUGCAGUGUUCGCAUGCGUUUCUCAUCAUUAGAUAUCUGACGUCAAUCGCUAAUCCUGUUCUUUACAUUUUAUUCAAAAGAGACUUCCAGAAAGCUUUGAAAACAUUUUUAUUAGGCCAUAAGACGCAGCUUGACUCUCGUUCAUCUACCCGACCGAUCUCAAUAAUAUAUCGCAAUAAA